UUGAAAAGAAUAGAAAAGAAAAGAAAAGAAAAGAACAUAAAAUUCUUUCAAGUCUAACAUCUCAACCAAACAAACAAGGAAAACUCCCUUCCCUUUGCUUUCACUUUCCCACUUUUCUUUCUAUCUCACCAAUUUGCAGAAGAGAAAAGCAGGGAAAUUUUGUCCCUUCAUUCUCUGUUCUCAAUCAAAGGAAUGAAAGUUUUUUAGUGUUUUUUUUUCCUUUCAUUUCUCUAACUUGUCCUUCUUUGACUUCCCUUCUGCCCAAACCAAACACAGGAUUGGUAUAUAUACAGCCCUUAUUAUAUAUAUAUAUAUACACACAUAUAUAUAAGAAGAUAAAGGAUUGGAUUUUUUUCUACGUAUGGAAGGGAAAGGAAAGAAACAAUGGAAGAAAGUUAAACAAGAUCAGCUGAUCGAUUACCACUCCUUGCCUGGAUAUUUAAAGGACAAUGAAUUCAUUUUGGGUUAUUACCGAUCUGAAUUGCCAUUGAAGCAGACCUUCCUAAGCAACUUCCGCAUUCACAAUGAGACUCUAAAUGUUUGGACGCAUUUGAUGGGAUUCUUCAUUUUCCUUUGCUUGACAAUCUACACAACAAUGAAAAUUCCAAAUGUGAUAGACAUUCACUCUCUGCAACAGUUUUCGGAGAUGCUCAAAAGAAUUGAUCUGCAAAAGAUUCAGGCACUGCUCAAGAAUUGCAUUGCUUCAUUGCCAAACAUGAUUGACUUUCACAGAUUAAAAGAUGAGCAUAUACCUUCUGACUUGCUUUCCUCACUUUCCAGUUUGCAUAUUUCUCAACUACUUGCCAACUGUAUGCCUGAGCAGCUCUCCAUUUCCAAUCACAGAGAUGAUUCUGUUCUGCAUAGUGUAAAAGAUGGCAUGGCAUCCCCAUUGAUGAUUCAACAACCCAUCACAAGAUGGCCCUUCUUCGCCUUCUUGGGAGGAGCCAUGUUCUACUUACUAGCCAGCAGCACCUGCCACCUCCUUGCCUGCCACUUGGAACGCCUUCGCUACCUCAUGCUCAGGAUUGACUAUACUGGCAUUGUUGUCCUCAUAACUACCUCCUUUUAUCCUCCUGUCUACUAUACCUUCCUCUGCCAACCCUUCCUCUCUUAUCUCUACUUGGCCUUCAUCACAUUGCUGGGCAUUGGAACAAUGAUUUUCUCUUUACUCCCGGCCUUCCAGAAGCCUUAUUUCCGUUGUUUUCGCACUUCUCUUUACUUUGCAAUGGGCAUGUCAGGUGUAGCACCUGUGAUCCACAAGCUGAUGUUGUAUGGAAACUGCUCAGAGGCGAUCCAAACAACUGUCUACGAGGUGCUAAUGGGGGUUUUGUAUGGGAUUGGAGCUUUUAUAUAUGUGAUUAGAGUCCCCGAGAGGUGGAAACCGGGCAACUUUGAUAUUGUUUGCAGCAGUCACCAACUAUUUCAUGUGUUGGUGGACGCUGGGGCUUACACACAUUUCCAUACUGGGCUGAUCUACCUCAAGUGGCGUGACAUGGAGCGGUGUUAG